AAAAAAAUGAUAAAAAUGAUGAUAAUUUAAAUUCUAAUAACAUAAAUGAAGACGAUAAAGAAAAAAUUAGGGCAGAGCCGAAAAAAGAACGAAUUAAGAUAAUUCUAAACGAAAAGGAUUUGACAGAAUCUUUUGUUAAAGGAUCAGGAAACGGAGGUCAGAAAAUAAAUAAAACAUCGAAUUGUGUUGAUUUGAGACAUGUUCCGACUGGAAUUAGAGUUGUGCAAACAAGAUCAUUGCAACAAAAUCGUUCGAUAGCAAGAAAGUUAAUGAUCGAAAAGUUGGAUGAUUAUUUUAAUGGAGAUCAAAGUAAGUCGGCUAUUAAAAGAGAGAUUGCUAGGAAAAAGGAAGCAAAGAGGAGGAAAAGAGCCAAAGAAAAGUAUGGAAGUAAGAAAGAAGCAUCAAUAGAAUAA